AUGGCGUCGAGAUCCUACUCCAACCUCUUGGAGCUCGCUGGCGGGGCUGACCGCGACCAGCCGCUGCCGUCCCUCGGGCAGCCGCGGAUACCGCGGGUGAUGACGGCGUCUGGCAUUGUGCCCGGCCUUGACCGCUCCGACGCCCCAGCUGACGCCGACGCCGACGCCGCCUCGGUGGCCUCCGACGACCAACCCGACCAGCCGCCGCGGGAGCGCACCAUCAUCGUGGCCAACCAGCUCCCCAUCCGCGCCUGCCGCGGCGCCGACGGCGCCUGGGAGUUCUCCUGGGACCAGGACAGCCUCCUGCGGCAGCUCAAGGAGGCUCUGCGCGCGCACCAGGGCCGCGCCCACAUGGACUUCGUCUACAUCGGCGGCCUGCGCGACGACAUCCCGGCGGAGGAGCAGGACAAGGUCGCGCUCGAGCUCUACGACCGCUUCCGCUGCGUGCCCGCCUUCCUGCCGGACGACCUCCGCUCCCGCUUCUACCACGGCUUCUGCAAGCAGCAGCUGUGGCCACUGUUCCAUUACAUGCUGCCACUGUCGCCCGAGCUCGGCGGCCGCUUUGACCGCGACCUGUGGAAGGCCUACCUGUCCGUCAACAAGAUCUUCACCGACAAGAUCAUGGAGGUGAUCAACCCCGAGGAGGACUUCGUGUGGGUGCACGACUACCAUCUCAUGCUCCUGCCCACCUUCCUGCGCAAGAAAUUCAACCGGGUCAGGCUGGGAUUCUUCCUGCACAGCCCGUUCCCAUCAUCGGAGAUCUACAAGACCCUGCCGGUGCGCGAGGAGGUGCUCCGGGCGCUGCUGAAUGCCGACUUGAUUGGCUUCCACACAUUUGACUAUGCCAGGCAUUUCCUCUCAUGCUGCAGCAGGAUGCUGGGAAUGAAAUACGAGUCGCAGAGGGGAUACAUUGGACUGGAAUAUUAUGGACGGACUGUCACUGUCAAGAUACUGCCGGUGGGGAUACAUUUGACGCAGCUGCAGGCAGUGCUCAACCUCCCGGAGACCGGGCUCAAGGUCGCCGAGCUUAUGAAGGAGUUCCCUGAUCCUCACCGCAUCAUGAUGCUUGGUGUGGAUGACAUGGACAUAUUUAAAGGCAUCAGUCUGAAGCUUUUGGCAUUUGAGGAGCUCUUGACGCAGCAUCCAGAGUAUCGAGGAAAGGUGGUGCUGGUACAGAUUGCCAAUCCGGCUAGGGGGAAGGGAAAGGAUGUCAAGGAGGUACAGGAUGAGAGCUAUGCCAUGGUGAAGCGCAUCAAUGAGGCAUUUGGGCAGCCAGAUUACCAGCCAGUCAUAUUGAUCGACAGGCCGCUGCACUUCUAUGAGAGGAUGGCAUACUAUGUUGUUGCUGACUGCUGCUUGGUGACCGCGGUGAGGGAUGGCAUGAAUCUUAUACCAUAUGAGUACAUCAUUGCUAGGCAGGGGAAUGAGAAGAUUGACAGGAUCCUGGGUCUCAGCCCUUUCACAAGGAAGAAGAGCAUGCUUGUCGUGUCGGAAUUCAUUGGCUGCUCACCCUCCCUGAGUGGCGCAAUUCGGGUGAACCCUUGGAACAUUGAGUCGGUGGCCGAGGCAAUGGACAAGGCCUUGCACACAGGUGAAGGUGAGCAGGCGCUGAGGCACGAGAAGCAUCACAAAUUUGUGAGCACACAUGAUGUCGGAUACUGGGCAAACAGCUUCCUGCAGGAUCUGGCGAGGACUUGCCAAGACCAUAACAAGAGGCGCUGCUGGGCCAUAGGAUUUGGGCUAAGGUUCAGGGUUGUGGCCCUUGAUACGAGCUUCAAGAAGCUCGCGGCUGAGCAUCUUGUCUCAGCCUACCGGAAGGCAACCACGCGCGCCAUUCUCUUGGACUAUGAUGGUACGCUGAUGCCUCAGUCAUUGUUUGGUAAGAUGCCGAGCCCCGAAACAAUAGACAUGUUGAACAGCCUUUGUCGCGAUGAGAAGAACAUGGUCUUAAUCGCAAGCACAAAGACCCGGGAGACCUUAAGUGAAUGGUUCUCAGCAUGUGAGGACCUAGGCCUUGCUGCUGAGCAUGGCUACUUCAUCAGGCUGGAACGAGAUGCAGAAUGGGAGACAUGCGGCCUGUCAACAGACUUCAGCUGGAAGCAAAUCGUGGAGCCGGUGAUGAAGACCUACACCGAGACAACGGACGGGUCGAUCAUCGAGGACAAGGAGACAGCAAUAGUGUGGUGCUACGAGGACGCGGACCAUGAUUUUGGAUCUUGCCAGGCCAAGGAGCUCCAUGAUCACCUGGAGAGUGUCCUCUCUAACGAGCCGGUAUCAGUCAAAGCUGACCUGCACUAUGUUGAGGUGAAGCCACAGGGUGUGAGCAAGGGCCUGGUGGCGAAGCGGAUGCUGUCGACAAUGCAGGAGCUGGGGCUCCAGCCCGACUUCAUCCUCUGCGUCGGGGACGACCGCUCCGACGAGGACAUGUUCGAGGUGAUCACCACCGCGGUGGACGGCCCCUACCUGAGCCCUUCCGCGACGGUCUUCGCCUGCACCAUCGGCCAAAAGCCCAGCAAGGCCAAGUACUACCUGGAUGAGCCCGCCGACAUCAAGCGCAUGAUCCGGGCCCUCGCGAGCGUCUCUGACCAGGAGCUGGCGAUGGAGGAGGGCGAAGACCCUCCUUACCCUUUCCUCGCCGGCGACGGCACCAGCAGCGACGACACCUGGCUGGACUGAGGGGGGAAGCCGGCAGAGACGACCAGCAGCAGCGCAGCCUCCGGCCUGAAUAAGACAGCAUAAUGGACGUAAACGGCACCAUAGUUGUGUUUCUGCUUGGUUGUUGUUCUGCCUGUUUCGCCCGUUGUGUAUAUAGACUCCGUUGAACCUUGGUUAAAUUACCGACUAAAAAUUUCCAGACACCAUCUA